GGAAAUAUAUGGCAGCAGCUGCUCUCGUUUCACUUCAUCUUAGAGCUUGUAGAUACGAUUCCAUUUACAUUAACGAUUUUAUACCCGCCUUUACGAAAUCUGUUCAUUCCCGUGUUUCUGAAUUGCUGGCUUGCGAAACAUUCCCUUCAGAAUAUGUUUAACGAUCUACACAGAGCGAUGCAGAAAUCGCAAUCGGCGCUAUCGCAGCAGCUUACGAUAUUGACGGCAACUUUACUCUGCCUCGUCUUCACAAGCGUAUGCGGCAUACAGCACUUUCAAAGGGCGGGCCAUCGACGACUGAACCUGUUCCAAUCGACGUACUACGUGGUCGUGACCUUCUCCACCGUCGGCUACGGAGACUUCGUACCGGACAUUUGGCCCUCGCAACUAUUUAUGGUCAUCAUGAUAUGCGUUGCGCUCAUCGUCCUGCCGACUCAGUUCGAGCAAUUGGCGUUCACGUGGAUGGAACGACAGAAACUGGGCGGUUCGUAUUCGUCCCACAGGGCGCACUCGGAGAAGCACGUGGUCGUGUGCAGCACAACGCUGCACGCGGACACAAUUAUGGACUUUCUAAACGAGUUCUACGCCCACCCGCUCCUGCAGGAUUAUUACGUCGUUUUACUGUCGCCGAUGGAAUUGGACACGACGAUGAGGAUGAUUCUGCAGGUUCCGAUUUGGGCGCAAAGGGUAAUCUAUAUACAGGGUUCGUGUCUGAAGGACGGCGACUUGGCUAGGGCGAGAAUGAACGAGGCGGAGGCGUGCUUCGUGCUUGCGGCACGAAAUUAUGCCGAUAAGACUGCCGCGGAUGAGCACACAAUUCUACGGUCGUGGGCUGUGAAAGACUUCGCUCCAAAUGUAGCUCAAUACGUACAAAUAUUUAGGCCGGAAAAUAAGCUGCACGUGAAGUUCGCCGAGUACGUCGUCUGCGAGGACGAGUUCAAGUACGCCCUGCUCGCGAACAAUUGCACUUGUCCCGGAGCGUCGACGCUCGUCACUCUACUUCUGCAUACCUCUCGAGGGCAGGAGGGCCAGCAGUCGCAGGAGGAGUGGCAUCGACUUUACGGACGCUGUUCGGGCAACGAAAUUUAUCACAUCGUCCUCGGGGAUAGCAGAUUCUUCGGCGAGUACGAGGGGAAAAGUUUCACGUACGCGAGUUUUCACUCGCAUCGAAAGUACGGGGUGGCGCUGGUCGGCGUGAGGCCGGCCGAACUGCCCGAAUUCUACGAGGAUACGAUCUUGCUUAAUCCGGGCCCGCGGCACAUUAUGAAGAAGAGCGACACCUGCUACUACAUGAGUAUAACUAAGGAGGAGAACUCGUCAUUUACGGUCGCCAAUCAGCAGACGACCAAUACUGCGUCUUCUGAGCCGGUAAUAGUAACGGCGGAGGAAAAAUCAAACGCUUCUACCACUAAAGACGGUACCAGACUUCCUCAAGUCAUUCUGCAAGUCCCUACAUGUGUCACUACCUUUCCCGAUAAUGGAAGCGGCGCAAUGGAUUCACGUCAGUGCCUAAAAGACUCAUCCCCGGGAUCAGUAACGUUAGAUUUAGCGGUAACAGGUAACCACUUGGACGUGCCUAAGGCUGCAGAGAGUACCAAUUUUCUCAGCCCAGAGAUGAUCAAUCAAAGAAGGAACUCGCGCAGGCCGAGCAUACUGCCCGUGCCCGACAUGAUCACGGGAUCCUCCCUCAACAUAUCGCAGGAUACUGCCGACGAAGGUGACGAAAGCGAAGACGAACUCGACGACGAUGUCCCGUGGAGAUCGCCCAGUGAGAAAAUAGCGUCCAGUUUUACAGACGAUUCUGGUGACAGCACCCGACCCGCAUGGCAUGGUGAUUGUGCUCGAAUUGUGAAAGGUUUUCCACCGGUCUCGCCGUACAUCGGCGUCAGUCCGACAUUGUGCUAUCUAUUGAAGGAGAAGAAGCCGCUUUGCUGCCUCCAGCUGGCGCAAGUCUGCGAGCAUUGCAGUUACCGCAACGCGCGCGACUACCAGUGGCAAAACAAGACGAUAAUCCUGGCGGCGGACUACGCGUCGAACGGAAUUUACAAUUUCAUAAUACCGCUGAGGGCGCACUUCCGUUCGAAGACCUCCCUGCAUCCGAUCAUCUUGCUUUUGGAGCGGCGGCCGGACAUAGCCUUCCUGGACGCGGUCUCGUACUUUCCGCUCGUCUACUGGAUGCUCGGAUCGAUAGACUGUUUGGACGAUCUUCUGCGUGCGGGGAUCACAUUGGCCGAUAACGUCGUCGUCGUGAAUAAGGAACUGUCGAAUUCGGCGGAGGAGGACACGCUUGCCGAUUGUAACACGAUCGUUGCCGUGCAGACGAUGUUCAAAUUCUUCCCGAGCAUCAGAAGCAUAACCGAACUUUCGCAAUCGUCAAAUAUGAGGUUUAUGCAGUUUCGCGCGCACGACAAAUACGCCUUGCACCUAUCCAAAAUGGAAAAGAGAGAAAAGGAACGCGGUUCUCACCUGUCGUACAUGUUUCGUCUACCAUUUGCCGCCGGAAGCGUAUUCAGUGCGAGCAUGCUCGACACCCUCCUCUACCAGGCCUUCGUGAAAGACUACGUCAUCACCUUCGUCAGACUACUGUUAGGAGUCGACCAGGCUCCCGGAUCGGGCUUCCUUACGUCGAUGAAAAUUACGAAAGACGAUAUGUGGAUACGCACCUACGGACGUCUUUACCAGAAGCUAUGCUCGACGACGUGCGAAAUACCGAUCGGAAUCUAUCGUACUCAAGACACGUCGGUCUCUGACUCAUCACAUGCGAAAGACGUGACAAAUUUGGCUCAAACAUUGCUUUUUAAUCAAACCUGUCAGUAUCUAACAUACAAUACGCAUAUACUGAAAACCAAAAACGAAGAAAAUGAUCUGGGAUCUCUCUUCGGGAUUUUCUGCGGCGAUCCGACGCUGGCAUGGUUUCGAUGGAACAUUUUUACUCGGUGGGGACAGGAAUAUGAUCCGACAAAGCUUGACGAGGAAAUGGGCGCUGAUCGCGUUGGGGUAACGUACCGACCGAAGGAGGGUACCAAUUGUCUUGGAUGUACUGAGAAACGUAACUCGAUGUACUCGGUGAGUAUGGCCGACGAGGCGAGAGAUAAUCACGAGCAACAGAUCGAGCGAGCGGAAAUUGCGAACCUGGUCAGAUCGCGCAUGGAAAGUCUUAAUCUACCACCGAUGGAUUACAACGAUGUCAGUGAGAAACGGAACAGCCUAUCUUACGUUAUCAUAAACCCCAGCUGCGAUUUGAAGUUAGAAGAAGGAGACAUCAUAUAUUUAGUAAGACCGAGCCCAUUCUCAGCGCAGAAAACAUUCGAAAGGCACAACAGCCGAAGAAAGUCAAACAUCAGCUUCUGCUCCCAGACGCUGCUGCAGCAGAUGGCCGGAUUGGGUAGUAGGCGAGGUUCCGGUCUCGGACUUACCUCAUUCCAGCCGUCGAGACCGCCGCCGCUCGCCACCACGAAGUCCAACUCGCUCUCGUUGCCCGACAGUCCGACGGUCGCCGGCUAUCAGCGCGGCAGAUCGAACUCGUUACGUGUAAUUGACGACAUUCUGCUCAGGAGAUCGAACUCUCUCCGACAGGGGUUGACGAAUAUAGGUGUUAGAAGAAAAAGUAGCCUGGAAGAUAUAGGACUUUCGCAUUUUUCGUCCGCGCCGUACUAUAGCAAUUACAAUAAUCCAAUCAAGAUUGCUUUGAACGGUAGUAUCGGGUUAGAGGUGACUCCGCCGGAGGAGAACAGUCCGCCGGUGAUAUCUACGAAUACGGCUUUAGUUGUAAAUCCGCCGCCACCGAGCGGAUUGCUAAGUAAAACGGGCAGCACGAUGAGUUUGUCCCAGGGCGUUCUGCCCGCGGUGCAACCUUUCAGUUUAGGCAUUAACCCGCCGCCAAGCCCGCCCCCUUACGGCGAAUCUGCAUGCGCUCAACAGACGGGUUUACCGGUGCCGCCGGCCUCGACGGAUCCGCAGCACCUUCAGGGAACCAUAGUAUGAUAUAACCUCAUGUGGGGGAGGAGGCUGAGUGGCUUACGCAACAAGUGGCUCUAACUCUUCACUUCCACACAGAUAGCUCUGCCACUUGAGCGAAGUGUGCCAUUUGGGGCAGAGCUAUUUAGCUGUAAAUUUACCAUAUUUGGCCUUAUAAAAAAAGUGUACAUCAGAACUCUAGACUGAUAUUUAAAUCUUUAUAUCUUUGUAACCAGACGAGAGAGUAGUGGAAAAAAAGAUAUUCUGUCGGUGACUCCCGUUUUGUUUUCAAAUUUCAGGCCUUCUCGCAUGAACUCGUGUCAUUAGCUCAAUAGUUAUAGUUUUGACCGUUCCAAAUUCUUCCAUACUGGCCUGUACCAACAAAAUAAAGAGAUAUUGUUCAGAUGUUGAAUGUGGGAUCAAAUAUUGUAGAUAAUUUUAGUGUGCCCUUUACUUAGUAAUGUAAAAAAUUAAUCUUUGGUGCUGGGUCGGAGCAUUGACUAAGUGCAUCCUACCAUCGGGUGACUGUGUCCCAAAUGUCUAAAAACUCGACCACGCAAAUUCAAGAUAACCAAAUAGAAUUUGUGCGCUACUUUUCAUAAAAAUAAGGAUAAAUCUUUUUUUUUCAAUUCUUCACUGGUUAAGUUUGUGCCAAGAACAACCACACAGUCAGUCGAGUGGUAGGAAUACCAAAAGCUUCGCCCAAACCAAUCGCGCUAUUUACAGAGUAGAUACGUAACCUAAAUUGAAGUACAUAAUUCGUGAUACGGUUCCAUUUUUUGGACCGCGCAUUUUGAUGUCAAAGCUUGGUAUUCAUGUUAUUUAUGACCCGUUUUGCGCAACUUUCCAUUUUUGUACGUAAAUAAAAAAAAAGGGAUGCGUCGGUUUAUAAUAAUCAAAAUUGUUGAGAGAAAAAAGGCCAAUUUAAGUAGUAGUCGCCGCUUUAUGGGUAGCUUAGCGUAAUACCGUCCAUGCUGUUUUUAGUGUGUACAUAUCGAAUCACGUGUAUAGUUGUCACUAUUUCUAUACUGUAACCCCUCUAGCUAAAGACUGCAGUGGAGAGGUCCAAAUGAAAACGCGCGGUUCACUUAUUUUAUAUAUAUUUAAAAAGAACAUAUCCGAAAAUAAGUGACUAUAGUUACUAUAUUUUUCUAGGCAAAAAAUAAAGUGGUUGAGAUCGGAUAGAUAUCUU